GCAGAGAGAAGAGGGGGGGGGGAGACAAACAGUCCAGCCUCGCGCUCCUCUCCUGCUCUCCUCUCCUGCAUGCAGACGCACACACGUGCACAACGCACUCACUAGAUAACGACUGCUGAGCUCGAGCAGAAGAAGAAGCUCCAGACUCACGAGAGUCCUUCCAGGUGAGCGGCGCGUGGAGCAUCCUCUGUUCCUCGCGCCGGAACACCAUGGAUCACCUGCAGGGGAUUCUGGGCGCGCACCUGCAACAGCACACGCACCCGCACGUGGAGCCCAUCAGCUUCGGCAUCGAUCAGAUCCUGAGCAACGUGGAGCAGAGCUGCAUGCUGGGCGCGAGGAUGCACGAGCCGGACUACGGGCACGGGGCCUACGGGAGCAGCGGCGCGAGCACCGGUGGGUAUGCGUACGGUAACACCGGAUAUAAUGGCACCGCCGGGUCGUGCGGUGCUUAUCACAUGAACAUGAACAUGAACAUGAAUAUGGGCAUACACGGGAACGGGACUACCGGGAGUACCGGGAGCUCCGCCGGGGUCAUCAGGGUCCCCGCGCACAGACCGCUGAGCUGCGGGAACUCCUCCGGUCCGACCGGGAACAUCAACAACAUCAACAACAUGAGCACGAUCACCUUCCCAUGGAUGGAGAGCAACCGGCGAUACACCAAAGACAGGUUCACAGUGUCCCUCUCACCCCUCACUGUAACACGUCGUGUAGGUCACCCCUACCAGAACAGGACGCCUCCUAAGAAGAAGAAGCCUCGGACGUCCUUCACGCGGCUGCAGAUCUGCGAGCUGGAGAAGCGGUUCCACCGGCAGAAGUACCUGGCGUCCGCUGAGCGGGCCGCCCUCGCCAAGGCCCUGAAGAUGACCGACGCUCAGGUCAAAACCUGGUUCCAAAACAGACGCACCAAAUGGAGGCGGCAGACGGCGGAGGAGCGAGAGGCGGAGCGGCAGCAGGCCAACCGGAUCCUCAUGCAGCUGCAGCAGGAGGCCUUCCAGAAGACCAUCAACCAGCCGGUGACCCCUGACCCGCUGUGUCUGCAGAACAGCUCCCUGUACGCCCUGCAGAACCUGCAGCCGUGGACCGAGAACACCGGCAAGAUCAGCAGCGUAUCGGCCUGCGAGUAGAGCCUGCUACACGGCCUCCAGUUGGGCGUCUGCACUGGUAUACAUGACUGGAGGGGCCGCAGAGGAGGGCAGAGACAUGGGGCCCUGUAGCUCCGUGCAGAGGAUCCUGGUUAUUAUCAGGUCAUCUCCCUGCUCUUAUUAUCACCUUUCUGUCAGACAGACACUGGUGCUGCAGCUUACAACAGACAUGGGUCCCUCAGCACUAUAUAUACUCCCAUCUAAUGGGGGUCCACACAGUCUGAUCUGGAUCCUCCAGAGGUCUGCACUGAAUCCUCUGCUUCAGCCCUGCAGAGACCAGACUGACAUUUUGGAAAUAUUUCUGGAGACAUCAUGAUGAACAUUGUGCUCCAGGAACCAGGACAGACUGGCACCAGUGAGUUGUUGUAUUAUAGUUGACCUAUAAGGGACUUGAUGUUUCAUAAAACAGCAUAUUUUCAUAUUUUCAUCUCUGCCAUCAGUGUUUAUCUGCCAUGUUAAUGGACUUUUUACUCAACUGCAAAAAAA